AUGUACACUACCAUCGGCGACGGCGGCAAUGUUGAGGGGCUGUACAAGGCCUUCAUCAACACACCCCCCAUCGACGCCUUCUGCUCCAACACCUCCCUGUUCGAGCUCCCUGAGUACCAGCCCACCCCCAGAGCUGAGACGGUGAUCACUCUGCAGGACGGCGCCUUUUGCCCCUCCAAGCAGCCCGCCUGGUCGGCCUUCCGCCAGCCCUCGUUCGGCCACGGCACCCUGGAGCUGCUCAGCGACAGCGUGGCCGUCUGGCGCUGGCACCGGAACACCGACGACGGCCCCGUCGCGGCUGACGAGGCCACGAUCAUUCGCGGCUUCGACAGAGCCCUGCUCCUCGCGGCGGCCCUCUUGGCGACGGUUGCCGCCGCCCAGCCAGCGGCGGCGCUGCCCGCCAGCGGCGGCACGUCGCAGGCAACCGUGGAUGCGCUGGCCAUGGCCCUCCUGCCCAACCCCUUUGUUGUCCAGAGCGUCGGCGGCACGGCCCCUCCCGCCCAAGAGAGCAAGCUGCUGCCCUUCUGCGCGGUCCUGCUGGUCGACGACCCCACCGUCUGCUCCGCCCCCUCGCCCGCCGGCGAGUUUGCCAGGUCGCUGUGUCCCGCCUGCGCUCCAACCCCCGGCCGCGCUCUUCUGGCGGAGGCCGCCGCCAAUGGCACCCAGGCCCCAACCGUCCGAUGCAGCCAGGCUGCAGACAAGAGCGACCUCUGUGCAUUCUUCCUGGAGCAGGCAGAGGGCGCCUGCUCAACCGCGGGCUUCCUGACCGUCUUCAUGAGCAUGCAGUGCGAGAAGACGUGCGGGCACUGCGUCCCCGAGGCCGCCGCCGACCCCGCCUCGCCGCCACCGGCACCGCUGCCUCCCACCGCCACCACCUGCCUCAAGGAGCCUGACACCGGCGCCGCCUGCGGCUUCUUCUUCAGCACGCUGCCCAACCCUUGCUCUCCCGACACGGCAGGCGACUCCUUCAUCGGCUCCUACGUCAGCCCCCAGCCAGCGCCCGCUGCCGGCUUUGGCGGCGGCUGCAUGGACAUCUCCACGAGCUCCUUCGCAUGCGCCAAUGUGCUGAAGCAGUCCCUCUGUGACCAGCCCUGGGCCGCCGCCUUCUGCCCGCUCUCCUGCGGCUACUGCGAGCCGGCGGCGCCAACCCCCAGCCCCGCCCCGCCAACCGAGGAGCCGCAACCAGCUCCCGACAGCCCGGCCGCCCCUGCCCCACCUGUUGAGGAGCUGUCUCCUGUGCCGGAGCCUCAGCCCACGCCAUCCGAGAGCCCAACCACCCCCGCCACACCUGUUGAGGAGCUGUCGCCUUCCCCAGCACUGCCCGACAGCCCGCCUCCAACUGACCCGCCUGCUUCACCGGCAGAGGAGAGCCCUGCUGCGCCGCUGCCAGAGUCACCCGCCCCGCCCUCCGACUCGCCGGCGGCUACACCUCCGCCUGCUGAGGAGGAGCCGCAGCAGCCUGCCGCCAGCCCCGCGCCCACUGGCGGCUACGGCACCCCUGCCGAGCCUGGCGACGGCGGCGAGUAUGGCACCCCUCCCGCUGAGCCUGGCAGCUACGGCCAGCCCGGUGCCUACCCGUCUCCCCCACCCUCGCCCGCCACAGGCACCGGCACCCAGGCGCUGCACAGCCAGUGCGCUGCGCUGGGCCUGCUGCUGCCAGCUGGGACCUCCACCUGCCGCAGCCUCUACUCCCUCGCCACCUGCUCUGCCGAGCAGCCGUCCUGCCUGGGGGCCCACUGGUCUGCGGGCGAGUGGGGCCCCUGCUCGGCGGCCUGCGGCGGCGGCAGCCAGGAGCGUCCCGUGACCUGCGUGGCCGAUGCCGAGCCCGUGGCCGAGAGCGCCUGCGCAGGCCUGCCGCGCCCCGCCCCCCAGCGCGUGUGCAACUCCAGCCCCUGCCACGCCCGCACCUGGCUGCUGAGCGGCUGGAGCGCCUGCGGCGCCUCGGCCACCCGCACCCGCUCCGCCGCCUGCCUGACCGAGCUGGGCCAGGCCGCCGACGACUGCCUGGGCAGCCCCGCCACCGUGGAGUCCUGCGCCACCACCCCUCCGCCUCUGCCCGCCUCCUCCUGCGCCUCAGGCAUCGUCGCGAAGAGCGGCGCCUGCUGCCCUGCCGGCGCCUCCCUGGACGCCGCUGGCGAGUGCUGCCCCGCCGCCGUCGACGUCUGCGGAGUGUGCGGCGGCACCGGUACCACUGUCGACGCCUCUGGCGCCUGCUGCCCUGGCCCGCUGGAUGCCACCGGAGCCUGCUGCGCCUCGGGCGCCAUUGACGAGUGCGGCGUGUGCGACGGCGACGGCACCAGCUGCCUCAUCGCCUUCUCCCUGUCCAUCGCCGGCCUCGGCAACGCCAGCGCCGGCAGCCAGCUGCUCUACACCGCCCAGCGCUCGGUGGCGGUGCUGCUGGGCAUCCCCCAGCUGGCGCUGCGUGCCGCGUCCCUCAACAAGACCUCCGGCCCCGGCACCGCCACCCUGGCCAUGUCGCUGCUGCCGCCCAGCCCCUCCCACACCCUCUCCUCUGUGCUGGCCAAGCUCCAAGGCGGCUCCGCUGGGGGCCUGGGCAUCCGCCGCCGUCGCCGACCCGCGCCAUGA